UGAGUCUGCUCUGCGAGGUGCACUUGCAAACUGUCGUGAUUCGUGAAACCUGUAGCUGCAGAAAGUUGAGAAACCGGCGCAUGAAGACAAAUCAUCGGCAGCAAUGGAAUCAAGGACUAGCAGGCUGGCAAUUUGAGUGAUGGAUUGAUUCAUGAGCAGGCUGUCAACUUGAGUGAUGGAUUGAUGGAGCGGCCAUGGGCCAUACAGGAAUCCAGUUCACAUUCGGGCUUGUUCCGGUACCUGGCGUUUUGUGAUGGAGAUUUCUGGCGCAUACGCCCGCUUUUAGCUUAGAGCUGAAAGAAUUCUGCUUCUGAGGAAAAGGGCUCCGCCGAAAUUGGACGGACAGCAUUAUGCGCGAGCAAUCAGGUUUCUGGCCAGCUUUGUCGCUUUCGAUGAUGGAUGUUGAGCCCUUGAAGAGCAUUUGGAAGCCGCUAAGUGCGCAUCCCUUUAGUAGUUCAGAAGGGAUAAGCACAACCAAGUCCAUUCACACAACCCUUAGCUGUAAUACCGAUAUGGGCAAUAGCCAGCUUAGGCUUUAGAAGAAGGUGGGGAGCAGGUGGCCUUGCAUUGCCGGCAGCCAGCAUCGAAACCAGACCUCAGAUGCUAAAGCUGGGCACGCAAUCACAUAUUCAGCUUGCUCCGCCGUGAGCGAAUCUUAUUGCGCUUGGAAAACCUUGGCCGUAUAGGUCGAUGCGUAAUUGACAGGGCGCCAGCUACAUUGAAAAGGCACGGUGCUUUUAAAUCUUGAGAGAUCUUUUCGCGGGUCAGCAUUGUCAAAGUGAGGAGUCAGAAAGGUUGAGCUGGAAAAUGGCUCUCCGAAAGAGUAUAUGUGGGCAUAAGCGCUCGCUGCAGUUGGUGAUUACUACGUUGAUGCUGGUUUGCAACGUAGCUGCUGGGAGCCGCGUAAGCAAUGGAGUGCCCAUAAGCGGACGGAGGCCGGGCCUGAUCCUCACCCGAAAUGCGUUGGCUGAAAUCCAGCGGUUCCUGUUCGGCAUCAUCGACGCACCGGUCGAUCCGAACCCUGGCGGCGUUGCGCCUCUUCCCGGACCACUCCAAUCGCCUCCAGGUUAUGUCGCACCCGCAACUUACAACGCUAGCAUAUUCACACCACCAGCUCCCGUAGCGAGCGUCCAGUGUGACCCCCCCUGUUUGAACGGCGGAGUUGGGCAGCUGAGCUCCUCCCGCGGCUGUACGUGCAAGUGCCCCGCCUCCGACAACACCGCCGGCAGCUUGUUCUUCACUGGGGAGCAGUGCGAGAUUCCUGCGACGAUUUGCAACCAGUUCGGGUUCUACUGCACGCACGGGGGCAGAUGCCCGGCCUCAGGGACCGGGACGUGUGCUUGCCAGGCGCCUUUCUACGGCACUCAGUGCGAGGUGGCCGGUUUCACCUGUGGACAGGUUAUCUGCCAAAACGGCGGCAAGUGCACAAUCGAUUCUCAGAACCAGCAGGCCUACUGCGCCUUCGACGCCGCCGUCGAACUCCAUCAUCACCUCACCGAGCAGCAGCUCGGGAGCGAAAUGGUACUACAUCUUGAUUGGAGUGGUCGGUGGCGUCGCUCUGUGCUGCGUCUUGGCCGUGGCCGUCUUUUUUGA